UAUAUACAAGCAGCGUGCUGUCCAGACCAGAUUUCUCUGGGGGAACAAAAGAAAAAGAACACCAACUCAGUGGGCGUGUGGAAGAGAAAAUCACAGAUAUUUGGACAGCCACAGUCUGACUGCAAACCCUUUCAUUACAUACAUCGGCAGCAAGAUACUCAUAAUGGCACGAUAUUGUGCUCUGAGGAAUGAAGACUUGAAGAUGCCAAAUGAAGACCAAAUAAACAAAAUCAGAACUAACAGCAAAUCAAAAAAAGGGUUCAUCACAAGAUAUUUUCUAAACACAAGUAGUAUAAUUGAUGAUGACAGACUAAAGAGAAUGGAGUUUGGAGAAAAGUACAAGAGCAAACCUCAUAAAACCAUAAUACUUCUUGGAGAAACAGGAGUAGGGAAGUCGACUCUAAUCAACGCCAUGGUCAACUACAUGCUGGGUGUUAAAAGUGAAGACAGAAUCUGGUGUGAGAUCAUAGAGACAAAAGAAAAUCAAACAGAUUCUCAGACAAAUGCAGUCACAGUGUAUGAUGUGUUUAUUAAUCACAGCUCGUUCUCUCUGACCGCCAUCGACACGCCUGGGUUUGGAAAUACUGAUGGUAUCGAGGAUGAUUUAAAUGUUGCUGAAAGUUUACACGAGUUAUUUAAAUCUAAAGAUGGAGUUCAUGAAAUUAAUGCAGUGUGUCUUGUCGUGUCAUCAAACACCACUCGACUCACUGACAGACAGCUGUAUAUUUUUGAUUCUGUUCUCUCAUUACUUGGCAAUGAUGUGGAGAAAAACAUUGUUGUGUUCAUCACACACGCCACCACAAAACCUAAAAAUGCCAUUAAGGCCAUUAAACAGGCCAACGUUGUGUGUGCAAAGACUGAUAAAGGAGAUCCCGUGUAUUUCAGGUUUAACAACUGUCACUGUGAAGACUUUGAUGAUGAGGAAAUAUUCAGUGAUUACACGGUAGCGUGGGAUCAGUUCAACACAUCCAUUAAGGACUUUCUGGCUUUUAUUAAUGAAAGGCCAAGUGUAAGUCUGAAGAAGACUGAAAUUGUACUGAAAAGACGCAAACAAUUGGCAGCAUCCAUCAACAAUAUGAAGGAUCGAAUCACGAUGGCAGAACUCAAACAAAUAGAGCUUAAGCAGACAGAAGCAAUUUUACAACAACUUGUGAAAGAAAAAAAGGAAAAUGAAAAAGGCCUUCAAUAUAUGGUAGAUGAGCCUUACAAAGAGAAGGUGCCUAUAGAAUGUGAGUGGUGGAACUUUGGAAGCAAAGAGGCUACAUGCUGCAGUGUGUGUGAGGAGAACUGUCACUACCCAGGAUGCUGGUGGGUCAGAGAUCUUUCUAAGUGUAGUGUCAUGUCUGAGGGUAAGUGCACAGUGUGUACUGGAAAGUGUCCCUACUCUGCCCAUGUCAAAGAGAAGAAAAUCUAUGUGGUGAAGACAAGGAAAGUCAAUAAGACUUUGGAAGAACUGAAAAGAAAAUAUGAGAAAACAUUUGAAGAGACAAAGAGUUUAAUUAACAAAUUAAAUUCUGAAAAAGAGGAACAAGAAAAACAAAAAGCCAGAUUGGUGGAAGAGUGUUAUCAGUGUGUGGUUACACUGGACACAAUCGCUUUAAAGAGUGACAGUGUGUCCAUCCUUCAGCACAUGGAUUUUUUGAUUGAGAAAGUGAAGGAAACAGGAAAAACAGAACGAGUGAAGAUACUAAAACAACUAAAGAAAAGAGCUGAAGCUGAAAACCAGAAACUCCUGAAAUAUAUACGAAGAUUUUGGAGAUCAUAAAAGAUGCUGAGGUCUUUUAGUGUCCAGCUGUCUCACAUCCUUACCUGUACACAAUACUCCAACAGAUAAGUUACAAAGCUUCAACUUUCACGCAAAAACACCAUCAACACCAUCAACAUUAAGCAAUUUCCCUCUGGGAUUAAUAAAGUUAUUUGAUUCUUGAAUCUUGAAUCAACAACAGCCUCAACACCAUUGUGUUCUUCAUGAUAGAAGGUGCUGACUGACUGAACCGAGUCUGCAAAAGAGAACAGACUAAACUCCAUCCAGCUGUCAUGUGAUCUUGUGCACAUCUAAAUCAAUGAAUCAGAGGAUUUAAAUGUGCCCGAAGCUCUACAUAAGUAAUGCUCAUUCAGAUUUAAUGCAGUCUGUAGGUUUUGGUAGAAUUUGUUGUUAAACCACUGACAGGCCAGAAAAUGUGAUUAAAACCAUCCAGUAAUCAGCAGGAAAUUUGCUAAAUUAUAUGAACACAUUUAAGCUUUCGCAUCAGACAUGAUUAAUCAUUUUGUAUUUUUUUUCCAUACAUACACAAAUUAUAAUUAUCUUAAUUACAUUUAAUUUUUUUUUUUAACUAAUUCUUUUAAGGCUUAGUUUGUUUCUUCUUUUUUCUUCUCUUUAUUUUAAACUUUAAUCUGUAAAACUGCUAAAAAAAAAAAAAAAAAAAAAAAAAAACUCUUUAUGCCCUUAGGAUGAAUAAGCUUUGCUUAUAAACGUUCUUACGCUAAGUAUCUCUUAGGUAAGUCACACAUUCGUAAGGUUGGUCUGGACCAACCUUAACUCAUUCUUAGCAUAGUUUCAGCUCAAGCCGCUAGUCGCCACCACUGUGCAGCUGUCUUUAUAAAUUAGCGGUUUAUGGAAGCACAUUAUGGAACGUUAUUAAAGUCGUAUUAAUGAUGGAAUAUACCGUAAGCCUGUUUAAGAAUUUGAUUUUAUUUGAUAUCAGUGACUUUUAAUUAGCCUAUUUCAUAAUGUGACUAAUGCAUUAAAAUUGGCAAUCACUUAUAAUAUUGAACAGGUGGCAAACAAUUUGGCAGCGAUACAGCGUGUUGUUGUGCUAAACUGAAGAUGGCGAUUUGUUCUUUAGGCAAAACUUUAGCCCUUUUCAUAUGUUGCCUGAGGUGGCUAUUUUACCUUGCUCGCCAGGCCAACGCAUUGUACUUACGCUCUACGUCCCGAUGUCCAGCUGCUUGCUGCGUAUUGUUUAAAAUAUGUUUCAUUGAUCAUUAGCCAUCAUUAUUGACUGGAUGGACUGGAUGUUUCUAUUUUAUAAUGAAAUUCGAUUCAGUUAAAUGAGAAAAUAAACUUGGGAGUUUCAAAUCCUGCAUUCAUUUAUUUUUUUGAGUGAUUGUAAUGCCUAACUUCUACUCUGUCAUCUAAUCAUAUUCAUUCCAUAAUACCCCUAUAUCAUCUACGUGGUUUUUGGCGCUGUGAUUACAUUUUCCAUCUUUCUGCACAAAAAAUUAAAACUGUUAAGUUUUUUUGCCAGUUCUUGCGGAAGCUUGCAGACCUUGUAGAAUUUCUCGGAAUGUCGGCGGGCAAUUGCGGCAGCUCACGGUGCCUAACACCGCAUGUCACCGUGAGUUAAACCGCAUAGGUGAGAUAGGGGUAUUAAACUUCUACUCUGUCAUCUCAUCAUAUUCAUUCCAUAAGUGAGCUAUACAACCCCAACAACUGACAUGUUUCACAUUGUUUCUGAAGCUGGUGAAGGGUGUUGUCAGCUGUUUGUCAAUCUACUAUGAUUGUAUACCCGGUUCAUUUCACCGCCACUACAGGUUAAAUGAAAAUAUUAAUGACAGUUUGGUGAUUUAAUUUAUAUAUUUGUCUAUUAUGGCCUGCUACUGAUAAGUUAACCCAUGUCGAAAUAAAUGUUAUUGGAAGAAUUUUGUGCAAUGUUUAAUUUGCAUAGAAAGGGCCGUCUUUCUUAACGCAAAACAUGUGAAAAAUCGAUUC